UCCUGAAUGAGUGACAGCACGGAAGCCUCCGCCCAGCAGCUCCACAGCCAAGCGGACUCCUUCCAGCUUCCACCCGCGUCAAGGGGCUGCAGGAAUGACCGACAAUAUCCCUCUACAACCCGUGAGGCGACCGAAAAGACACGACAGUAAACACAGAAAUGGGUGCUGCCCGUGGUCGAGAUGCUGUGGCAUGGGUGACUUCCGUCCCCGCACCGUGUGGCUCGGCCACCCAGAAAAAAGGGAGCAGAGGUACCCCAGGAAUGUCAUUAACAACCAGAAGUACAACUUCUUCACCUUCCUGCCUGGGGUGCUGUUCAAUCAGUUCAAGUACUUCUUCAACUUGUACUUUUUGCUUUUGGCCUGCUCUCAAUUUGUCGAGGAGUUACGCUUAGGUGCUCUCUACACCUACUGGGUCCCUCUGGGUCUUGUUUUGAUCAUUACCAUCAUGCGAGAGGCAAUUGAAGAAAUUAGGUGCUACCUUCGAGACAAAGAAGUGAACUCUCAGAUUUACAGCAAGCUUUCAACAAGAGGCACUGUGAAGGUUAAAAGCAGCGGCAUUCAAGUUGGUGAUCUAAUAAUUGUGGAAAAGAACCAGCGUGUUCCUGCUGACAUGAUCUUUCUAAGGACCUCUGAAAGAAAUGGCUCCUGUUUCCUGCGGACUGACCAGCUUGAUGGAGAGACGGACUGGAAACUACGCCUCCCAGUGGCCUGCACGCAGAGACUACCAACUGCUGGUGACCUUCUCCAAAUCAGAUCAUACGUGUAUGCAGAAGAGCCAAACAUUGAUAUCCACAACUUUAUCGGAACCUUUACCAGGGAAGAUGGAGACCCACCAGUUAAUGAAAGCCUCAGCAUCGAAAACACCCUGUGGGCGAGCACUGUUAUUGCCUCUGGCACAGUGGUGGGGGUUGUGAUUUACACAGGCAAGGAGCUGCGCAGUGUCAUGAACACCUCCAACCCUAGGCACAAGGUUGGUUUGUUUGACCUAGAGGUGAACUGUUUGACUAAAAUCCUGUUUGGAGCCCUGGUUGUGGUGUCACUGGUCAUGGUGGCCCUCCAGCACUUCGCCGGCCGUUGGUACCUGCAAAUCUUUCGCUUCCUGCUGCUCUUCUCCCACAUUGUGCCCAUUAGUUUGCGUGUAAAUCUGGAUAUGGGAAAGAUGGUUUUCAGUUGGAUGAUUAAGAAAGACUCAAAGAUCCCUGGGACGGUGGUGAGGGCAAGCACCAUACCUGAACAGCUCGGACGGAUCUCCUACCUGCUGACUGACAAAACGGGAACUCUUACCCAAAAUGAAAUGGUGUUCAGACGGCUCCAUCUUGGGACUGUGGCAUAUGGGAUGGACUCUAUGGAUGAAGUACAGAGCCAUGUGUUCAGUGCCUACACACAGCCCACCCAUGACCUUCCAGCCUCCAGGGCUCCAGCAGCCACUAAGGUUCGAAAAACCAUCAGCAGUAGAGUUCACGAGGCUGUGAAGGCCAUCGCCCUGGUGCACAACGUAACACCCGUGUACGAGUCCAACGGUGUGACGGACCAGGCCGAGGCCGAGCAGCACUACGAAGACACUUGCAGAGUCUACCAGGCAUCCAGCCCAGAUGAGGUGUCGCUGGUGCAGUGGACUGAGAGCGUCGGCCUUACACUUGUAGGAAGAGACCAGUCAUCCAUGCAGCUGCGGACCCCUACUGGCCAAAUACUGAACUUCACCAUCCUUCAGAUAUUUCCCUUCACUUACGAGAGCAAAAGGAUGGGGAUUAUAGUCAGGGAUGAAUCAACAGGAGAGAUCACUUUCUACAUGAAAGGUGCCGAUGUGGUGAUGUCAGGCAUCGUCCAGUAUAACGACUGGCUGGAAGAGGAGUGUGGGAACAUGGCGAGGGAAGGUCUGAGAGUCCUCGUGGUUUCCAAAAAGUCGCUGACAGAGGAACAGUAUCAGGAUUUUGAGGCGCGGUACGUGCAGGCCAAGCUCAGCGUCCAUGACCGCUCUCUGAAGGUGGCCACAGUGAUUGAGAGUCUUGAGAUGGAGAUGGAGUUGUUGUGUCUGACUGGGGUGGAGGAUCAGCUCCAGACUGAUGUCAGGCCCACUCUGGAGAUCCUCCGCAAUGCAGGCAUCAAGGUUUGGAUGCUGACCGGAGACAAGCUUGAAACGGCCACGUGCACUGCUAAGAACGCCCAUCUGAUCACCCGCAACCAGGACAUUCAUAUCUUCAGACCAGUGACAACACGAGGGGAAGCCCACCUGGAGCUCAACGCUUUCAGGAGAAAGCAUGACUGCGCUCUGGUGAUAUCGGGGGACUCGCUUGAGGUUUGUCUGAAGUAUUAUGAAUAUGAGUUCAUGGAGCUUGCGUGUCAGUGUCCCGCUGUGGUUUGCUGCCGAUGCACCCCCACUCAGAAGGCUCAGAUAGUCCGACUGUUGCAAGAGCGCACAGGCAAACUCACCUGUGCAGUAGGGGAUGGAGGAAACGAUGUCAGCAUGAUCCAGGAAGCGGACUGUGGCGUGGGAGUGGAGGGGAAAGAAGGAAAGCAGGCCUCUUUGGCUGCCGACUUCUCGGUGACUCAGUUUAAACAUUUAGGCCGUCUCCUCAUGGUCCAUGGGCGGAACAGCUACAAAAGGUCUGCGGCCCUCAGCCAGUUUGUCAUCCACAGGAGCCUGUGCAUCAGCACCAUGCAGGCAGUUUUCUCCUCUGUUUUCUACUUUGCUUCAGUCCCACUCUACCAAGGAUUCCUGAUUAUUGGCUAUUCCACUAUCUACACCAUGUUCCCUGUCUUCUCCCUGGUGUUGGACAAAGAUGUUAAGUCAGAGGUUGCCAUGCUAUACCCAGAGUUGUAUAAGGAUCUUUUGAAGGGUCGACCACUAUCUUUCAAGACGUUCCUAAUAUGGGUUUUAAUAAGUAUAUAUCAAGGGAGCAUCAUCAUGUAUGGAGCAAUGUUGCUCUUUGAGUCCGAAUUUGUCCAUAUCGUUGCCAUUUCGUUCACCUCUCUUAUCCUGACUGAGCUACUGAUGGUGGCCCUGACCAUUCAGACAUGGCACUGGCUCAUGAUAGUUGCCGAGCUCCUGAGCCUGGCUUCUUAUAUCGCCUCGCUCGUCUUCCUGCACGAGUUCAUCGAUAUUUAUUUCAUCACCACCGUAUCGUUCCUGUGGAAAGUGACCGUCAUCACGCUGGUGAGCUGUCUGCCGCUGUACAUCCUCAAGUACCUGCGCAGACGCUUCUCUCCACCCAAUUACUCCAAGCUGACCUCUUAAACCAAGGUGUCCUCCGAGAGGUCUCCGGAUUUGUUUUUUGUGGGAAAACACAAAGAUUUUCCUCUCUUUGAACUGCAAACCUGCACCUUGACCAGAGAAUCAAAUACAGAUAAACGCCCUUUAAUUUUCUCUGAAAAACUCUUGUUAGAAAUGUCAAAUGUAGACUGAAUCGACAGGGACAGAUUGUUUACUGGUUGGGAGAGUUUGUGUCAGUUUAAAAAAAAAAAACAACGAAACUGUGUUAAUUGCCAUGAAUUUUCAUGAAAGGAAAGACUGAUUGAUUGUUAUUGUCAAGAGCACCUGCAACAAAUUGUGGGAUGGAUUAGAUUGACCAGCUGGGACUGGUUUCAGUUGUCCUGUCAGCAUUAAAAACAUCCCUAACAUAAAUAUACCUGAAACCAUUUAGUCUGAAUGUAAUAAAUGCAAAAUACAAACAGCUUUCAGUGAAUUAUGCAGGUCCAAAUUGUUCUAUAUUUAGGAAAUUACACUGGAAAGUUAACUCAUUUAGACAUCUGUAGACGUAUCACUGGUUUUGCAAAGGAAUUUGGUCUAAUUUCCAGUUCCAUCUUAAAUAGUAAAUUAGUUUUUAAUCUAAGAACUGGAAUUUGACGUAGCAUUUUCACUCAGGACUUGGGUCACACUCUCCUUAAACAGUUAUUUCUAAACAGAGUUUGAGAAUUGUACGGUUACAAAAGAAGUUUGCUGGCUAGACUGCAUAAAACAGACGUCUGCAAGUUUGUGCAUUUGUUUAUGCGUCACCUCGAAGCUACAUCCCAGCACGGCGGAGGUGGUGUGGUAGUUUAUUUUAGCAUGACCCGUGGUGUCUGAUGUUAAAUCUGUCCUUGUCUCAUUGUGCGGACCCUGAGUUGUUAUUGUUUGUGGAGCGUGGUCAAAACGACCACAAAGGAGUGCCGGUUAUUUGCAGCCGAGCCUUCCGCCGGGGCUCCCGACAGGCUGUUUGUUCACAGGAGAAUGCACAGUCUCUAAUGUGGCCACUUGGGCAGGCCAGCAACGGCCACGCUUCAGCAUUGCAUGAUGACUCACUGUAACAGUGACCUAAAGCCAUAACUGAAAAUACCCUGGUGACCGGCGUCCAGCCGCCACCUUUCAUGUCAGCUAAUCCAGGGCCCCCUCACUUCUCACUGCAACAACAAAAAAAGGGAUCAAAUCAACACACUACUCAUGUGAAUAUUGUCAAUAAGUAUUAGUACUGCACCUUCAAAGUAAAACUUCACGAUGCUACACUCCUCAUAUUUCAUUUCACUAGUGGUGUGAUGGUGGACUGUGAAAAAUCAGCAGCUAACAUGACCACAUUGUUUCAGUUUUAAAAAGGCGUUACUUUUCUCUUAUGUAAUUAAUAUGUCAGUAUCCAGGGUGCCAUAAUUAAUCAUUUCUUUUGUAUGCUAAAUGGGAAUUUCAGUCUUCACUGACUUCAGCAAGCUGUUUGCACUGAAUCUUUUUUUUUUUGUACAACUAAUUAGUAUAUUUUUAUGUUGUAAUUGAAGUGCAGAGCGUACAUGAUGCUAAAAUGGUUUGCUUGCUUGUAAAUAACAUAAUUUUUAAUUUAUUGCCAUGUUUUAUUUAACAAUGUUGUUUGCACUCAAAUGAGCAGAACAAAAAAGGGAGAACUGUGCUGAUGUUAAUGUUGUGAUGAUAAUUA